CUGAAUCAUGGAUUAUUAAACAACAAAAAUCAGUUGGGUCUUAAUCAAGGUUGUAAUGAAAUAUAUGCAUCUGCUUCAUAAAUCAUGUUACGGUUAGUUAGUAUGGCGUUAUUGGUUUGUGGAGCAGUGUCUGUUAGUGUUGGGUUGUGGAUAGGGGUAUUCAGCCAUGAUAUCUUCAUCUUGCUCCGUAUUUCGGAAGAUGUGACGGCCACGAGAGUUACCCAAUCGCCUUCCUUCAUCGAGAUCUCCGGCUAUUUGACCACGACGUCUGGGGUGGCCCUCCUGUUCGUAAGUGUCAUAGGGUGCUGGGCAUCCACCAGCGCCAAAGACGCCAAAUCGCAUCUACCAACGUUGAUUGUGGGGAUGAUACUCACUACAGUGCAUUACGCUGUUGCAGUUGCUCUUGUAGUGAGGUACAAUAUUAUGUUCCGAGAUUAUGCGCUGGAGUAUAUGAACACUUCCUUCACUGGCAGGUACAUGGGUCCGUACUCGCGGUCAUACUCCAUAUCGACAGCCUGGGACGUAGGACAAGUUGUGUUGCAGUGUUGUGGCGUGUCGGGGCAGGGAGACUACGAUGGCCUGGAGACCUGGGACAGGACGUGGCGGGUGCCGGGCAGCGGACACGUCUACGAGGCACGCAUUCCGGUCACGUGUUGUUUUUUCAAGUCCGGCUCCAGGGCUUCCGACGUCAGGAGGGCUACCACGCCAGAAGACUUCCACAAACUGAUCGAGAACCCGAACUGUCCACACACUCGGACAUUCGCCUACUCCAAGGGAUGCCUGGGUGAGCUGCGUAAAACAUUCAGGAAGAACUACUACCUCAUUGUGAUAACUGCUGGAAUAAGCCUAGUGAUCAUGGUAAUCGCAUUUGUCGCUUCGAUCAGUGUCGUAAUGUCAAAAAAAGAACAAAAAGUUGAUAAAACUCUUUUGAUUGCACCCGCAGAGCGAGAAAGAAGAAUAAUAAGAAGAAGACAAUGCAUACCUGCCACGCCACCUAAGAGAGCCUCGCGCACGAAACAGGAGACAUCCUUCUCCACCCUCCCUCCACCAGUAGGAAUGGCAUUCUGAGGAUAGCAAAUAGCUAAACCACUCAUACAUUAGUUGGUUUUUCACUUUUAUAUAUUUAGUUAGUUUAUCACUCACCUGUGAGAGAUCACAGUGUAAUAACAGUUCCGCACGUCACUUUGUGAGGAUUGGUUUCCGGUGACAAAACUUCAUAUAAGGGCUAACGCGAUUGAUUAACACAUUGGUUUAACUAAUUAAAUGGGACUACGAUUCGUGCAAUUGUACUAAAUUUGACUUGUCACAGAACGCCUAGAUGUGACUGGACCUAACUUUUCUCAUCCAAUGAACAAUGAACAAGCAUUCUGAGAGCUUUACUAAAGCAAUACAUGUCCCCUACCAGGCCAAACAAAUGUUUGUAACUCUUACAGCCUAGCGCCAUAAGUCUGUGAAAAUGAGUAAAUCGCCACGAAAGUCAAACUUGAUCUGUAACAGAACAGGAUAAAGCUAUACACACAAUUACAACUAAAUAUCUCAAGGCUGUGUGAAAAAGAAACAUUCAGAAAUUUAUGUGGAACGGACAGACAGACAGACAGACUGGCGUUGAUGAAACCUAUAGUGUUUUUUAUCAUGACAUGUCCAAGUCAAUUGGACUUCAUUGACACGGAUUGCCAGAUUACAAGUUUGAUUGAAUACACACUCUGCCAUGCUAGUAGUUAGUAAAAUCAGGUGUACAGUU